UCUUGUCUCCAAAGGUGUCCCAUUCGGGUAAAAAGUUGUUUAAUAUGAAAAACUCGGGGUGGAAACUAGCGUUUGCCUUGUAUUCCUUCACUAUCUUGGUUCAAGUACAAUCGUCGUCCGAUUACUGUAAACUCUGUAAACAUCACAUUGCUUGCAGGAAUCAUGGAUCCUUCAGCUCAUCGUGUCAUCCAGGACGUAAGCUAAUCAACCUGGAUGACUUCAAGGACCUUAUUAUUGACAAACACAAUGCAUACCGGAACAAAUUUGCGAAAGGAGCAUUGAAGUUCGAACCAGCUGCUCGUAUGGCGACAAUGCAAUGGGAUGACGAAUUAGCAAAACUGGCCGAGCUGAAUGUCAAACGAUGCAAAAUGAAGCAUGACAAAUGUCGUAAGACGAAACGCUUUCCAAUGGCUGGUCAAAAUUUGUCAAAGGUUUGGGCUGGAGGAUGGAUAACUGCGAAAGGAGCCAUCAAGAGUGGAAUUAAUCUUUGGUUCAAGGAAUAUAAGCACGCUAAGCAAAGUAAUUUAGAUAAGUUGAGAUUUAAAGGACCUACAACAGGACAUUUCACAGUCAUGGUAAAUGAUCUUAACACACAUGUAGGCUGCGCAUUGGUGGUACAGCCCACUAGCAGUGGGUCGGAGUCUUUCUUUGCUUGUAACUAUGCCCAAACUAAUGUUAUAGGGACACAAUUAUAUAUCAAAGGGCCACCGGCAUCGAAGUGCAUCAAAGGCGCAAAUGAAAAAUACCCAGCUUUAUGUGACGUUUCGGAGCCCAUUAAUCCUAGAAAGCUCCACAAGAAACCGAAGAAGAGCGGAUGAUAAAUUGAGGGCAAUUUAGUUGUUCUUCUAGGAAGCAGUGAAGCUUCCCUUCAGACUAUUAAUAAAUAGUUGCAAAGAUUUU